AUGAACUUGGCCCCAUUUGUUGAACACUGUAAUUGUGUGAGGCACGUGUACUAUAAUUGGAAGAAGAAUUUCAAAGGUCCAACAUUGAAAAAUAUCUUCUGGAAAGCAGUAAGGAGUACUUACCAAGAAGAAUGGAAUGCAACAGUUGAGGAGAUGAAGCUUGAAGAUCCUGCCGCUUAUAAUGAUUUUAUGGAGAAAGAUUACACCAGAUUUUGCAAGUCUCGAAGUAAGUACAUCAUUAACAUGCUCGAAGACAUUAGGGUAGCUUUGAGAAAGAAGCAGUAUAAGAAGCUACAACUGGUGGAAGGCUUAGGUGGGAAGUUUGAGGUCCAAAUCUUUGAUGAUAGGUUUAUUAUAGUUUGUCUAGGCACCAAAACAUGCAGUUGUAGGCUAUGGGACAUCACCGGAAUAUGUUGUGCGCAUGUUAUGUCGGCUAUACAUUUUAUGAAAGAGGAUCCUACUGUCUACGUACAUGAAUGUUAUAGUUUUGACAAGUACUUGAAAGCAUAUGGUUAUGGGUUGGAACUCAUUAAUGGUGAGAAGAUGUGGCCCAAAGGCGUUGGAAAUUCAGUGCAGCCUUCUGUGGUCCGCACCAUGCCAGGAAGGCCGAAAAUGAAGAGAAAAAGAGGAAGACAGUUUCUAAGGAGAGAGCACAGGCUAGGAGGGGCAUUGGUUUAUUGCAAUGUCAAGGGACGGGCAACGUAUACAUCUCUACUGGAACUAGAGCAACAUUCUUUCCACCGAGACAAAGAAGUAGGGGAAGAGGAGGAAGGGCUGGAGCUGGAAGAACAGGAAGUUCUAGUGUAG